AUGGUUAGCAAGACGCCGAGCUCCUUGUCAGGGCUGGUCGACUCUCGCUUUUCCGAGAGCGCUCUGCGUGGCGGCUCUCGCGUGUCCCGCUUACAAGACAUGGAUUCAGAGCUCGAGAACUUACAACAGUCACUCUAUCAAAUCCUUGCGACCGUUUUCGAGUACCUUCAACCUCUCUGGCGGCCGCGCCGUAACUUUAUUGAACCCGGCGGCAACAGUGAGGUGAAAUUCGAGUUUCGCUCCGGCUGGAUGUGUAUCACACACGUUUGUAGUCACUGGAGAGAGGUUGCGCUCAGUGUUCCCUCUCUGUGGUCCAAGCCAUCUAUCGAUAUCCUCAGUGUCCCUCACCAGUGCAUCCCGGAUAUACUCGUCCGAUCGCGCUCGGCAAGUCUCAAACUGGAAAUGGACUAUGAUGAAGAUUCCACUCUGAUUCGAGCCUACGCUGGCUUAAACGCCUGGCUUACACCUGCCGUACUUCGCCGCACCAGGUGUUUGAUGGUUGCGGCAGACGAAGAGCUUGUCAACCAUGUGGCAGAGCGUCUACCUCCCAGCGAAGAAAUGGAACAGCUGCAGGCACUUACUGUGAUGCUUACUCUCACCGACGGCCUGCCCGACCUACCUGCAGCCUUCCAUGAACUAUCCGGGGUCACAGAACUGACGUUGUGGGGGUUCUGGGUCCCAUGGCAAUGUCCUCUUAUGUCUUCAAAGUUGACCAAGCUCACCCUUCUAUUCUUUGACGACGACACACCACGUCCAUACUACGAGGGCUUUCGCGCAUUACUCUCCCUGCUGCAAUCACUUGUGGACCUUAACAUAACCAACCUAGUACCCCUCACAGAUCCGGACAACAGUCAACCCCACCCAAUCUCCCUACCUUCAUCUAUGCGGCGAAUUACAGUCCAUGUGACCUGCUCAAGAUUCGCCAUGGACGCAUUGACUCUCAUAUCGCUCAUGCACCCACCUCCUCUGUGUGCUUGCGAUUACAGCCUUCCUUCGUCUCCGUACGAUGCAGCACAGGCCAACGAUGCCAUGGCCCGCUUACUCUCCCUUCUCUCGUCGGAGCAUCGCGACACCACGGAGGCCCAAGAUCUACAGCUGAGACAUGGCCACCUCAAACUGAUGUCGGCGGUGAUUGCCCCACCAUCCCCACCACUUCAUCAGUCUCCUUGGCCAAAUGCCCCACAGAUCCCAGCUACCCUCGACAUGCAAACCUUUUCGCUCGCCAACUACAUGUCUUUCCUCACUAUGCGCGACCUACGCACUGUAUCUUUUGAUGGAACCUCAAUACAAGAGCUAUCCCGCGAUAAACUCUGGGCAACCUUCCUUCGCGCAGCCAACGUCCGCCAGAUCGGCAUAGUGCGACUCGGAGCCCGGAUGUUCGACUGUACGCACACGGAACUCUUCAAUACGCUCAGGACAUCGUGUUCCUUCGGCGAUGGAACCCCGUCCGGCAUUUUCUUCCCUCAGCUGGAGGUCCUGGCGCUGCCAUUCACCAAUGACGAAUCCACAUACGCCAACACGGUCUUCGAGCUCAUCGAACUCAUUCACGCUCGACGAGACCGUGGCUCUCCUCUACGAGAACUAAUCAUAUCAAGGGAGGCUGAGGAUUGGGCCGUUUGGCAUACGCUUCGGCGGUUGCUGAAAGUGACAUUUAUCGAUUACCCUACGUACGAAUCGCCUAUAAUGCCGCAGGAGGCUUGA